AUGUUCGGUCAGAACAAGUCAUUCGGUUCUUCGAGUUUUGGAUCCAGUAGCGGGAGUGGGCUCUUCGGGCAAAAUAAUCAAAACAAAGGCCUGUUCGGACAAAAUGCAAACCAGCAAACCACCUCCUCUAGUUUAUUCGGAAAUGCACAGAAGCCCGCAGGCUCACUUUUCGGCAAUACUACAAACAACACAUCUAAUCUUUUCGGCUCUCCACAAACGCAAAGCAACCAAAGUUCACUAUUUGGAGCCCAGAGCAAUGCCAACAGAUCUCUAUUCGGAGCUUCAACGACUACAACACAAAAUAGUAGCUCUUUGUUCGGUGGCAAUACAGCUGGAAAUGCAGGAACUUCGAGUAUUUUUGGUUCCAGCAACAACACAUCAGGUGGAGGUCUUUUUGGAGCUACAGGAUCAGCUAUGACAGGUACAACAGUCAAGUUCGAUCCACCGAUCGCUUCGGAUACUAUGAUGCGGAACGGAACAACUCAAAACAUUUCCACAAAACACAUGUGCAUCUCCGCAAUGAAUAAGUAUAUCGACAAGAGUAUGGAUGAGUUGAGAGUGGAGGACUACAUGGCCAACCGAAAAGCUCCGGCAGCAGGAACCACGACAACUGGUAACAAUUUAUUCGGUGGUUCCAACACAACCACAAAUCAAACUGGUGGUGGGCUGUUCGGAAACAACACCCAACAAAAGACUGGCCUGUUCGGAUCAACGUCUACUGCAUCUCCGUUUGGUGCAAAUAACAACGCCACAACAACUGGAUCAGGACUUUUCGGAAGUAACGCGAACACUUCUGCAGCUAGUAACUCGUUGUUCGGAAGCAAGCCAGCUACAAAUUCUCUUUUCGGGAACAACAACACAGGAGGAUCGACAUUUGGUCAAACCACAGGAUCGUCUUUGUUCGGGAAUCAGCAGCAACAGGGAGCAUCCACUUCUUUAUUCGGCCAGCCUCAGCAACAGCAACCAGCCGGAGGAUCGCUCUUCGGCAACUCUAAUACAACAACCGGCAGUGGUCUUUUCGGGCAGAACACGCAGCAACAACAAGCAAGUGGAUUCAACUUCGGCGGCAAUAAUACGGUAAGUGUUUCUUUUUCUAAAUAUCUAAAAAUAUUCGAUUGUUUAGCAGACUACAAACAAUGCUUUCGGCCAACCCGCUGGUACCGGAGGAAGUUUAUUCGGAAACACAGCAACGAAUACCACUGGUGGUUCCUUGUUUGGAUCAAAACCAGCCACAAGCACGGGAUUCAACUUUGGCGGCAGUCAACCAACUACUACGAAUGCAUUUGGUUCCACGAACAACACUGGUGGUGGUCUUUUCGGAAACAAUGCUGCCAAGCCAGGAGGCCUUUUCGGUUCAACUACUACUGGCACUACUGGAGGUGGUCUUUUCGGCUCGCAACCUCAAGCCACAUCGGGAGGACUUUUCGGUUCAAACGCCCAAACCACGCAGCCAUUAAACACUGGAUUUGGAAAUUCGUUGUUCAACAACAAGUUGCACCAAUUCCUGUAAUUGGAGUUACAGCUGAUGUUUUGCAAAUGCAAGCAAACAUGAAGUCAUUGCAGUCACAGUUGACUUAUGCACCAUAUGGAGAUUCUUCGCUUCUCAAGUACAAUAACAGUGAAACAAACGCAAAAGACUCCCCAAUGAGCGCCCAACAACGCCAACUCCGUCUUCUUGCAGCCAAGAAAGGAUCUCUUCUGUCUCCAAGUCAAGAGUCGUCAUUCAUCGUUCCUCCUAUCAGCAAGGUCAUGAGUGAUUUAUCUCCAGCACUAUCCAGAACUUCUGAGGUGACGAAGGAUCUUAAUUAUACUUCGAAAGAAGCUCCACCUUCUCUUGGAAGAGGGCUCAGAAAUAGUACAUUCAAUCCAAAUCACUCUGUGGCCAACCAGAGUGUCCAUGAGUCCAGUGCUCUCAACAGAACUAUCGAUUCUACACUGGAUGCAUCCAUUAAUGGAACUGGAAACCGGCUGGGAAUUCGAGGAUCGACUAGGAAGUCAAAUUUGAAGCAACUGGAUUUGUCCGUUCUCGGUGAUUCGUCCAGAAACGGAUCCAUCGGAAGAGAUUCCCGUGUCGCAGACCCUGAUGCAUUGCCAAGAAUCUCUGAAAACGAUAGAAGAAGUGACAUCGUCACAUCAACCCCAUCUGUUGAUCCAGUGCAAGCUGUCAUGCAACGUCAUCAGGAUAGAAACAGAGAUCCACCAUCGUUGAAUCUGGAUACAACUUGCGAUGAGCACACUGGUUUGGAACCAGUUUCCACGGCAAGCUCUGCUACUUCUGUUGUUUCAACACCAUCAGAGGAAAACUCAACCGACAACGCCGCAGCUGGAGUGAAACUCAGCAAACCAGAUUAUUUUUCACUUCCAACUAUCAACGAGAUGAAGUCAAUGGUGAAGAAUGGACGUGUUGUUCUAGAAGAUGGAUUGACCAUCGGAAGAUCAUCGUAUGGAAGUGUCUACUGGCCCGGCAAGCUGGAACUCAAAGAUCUUGUUCUUGACGAGAUCGUCGUGUUCCGUCAUCGCGAAGUUACUGUUUAUCCGAAUGAAGAGAAGAAACCCGAUGAAGGCCAAGAAUUGAAUAGACCAGCCGAAGUGACAUUGGAAAGAAUCUGGUAUACGGACAAGAAAACUAAAAAGGAGGUUCGUGAUGUUGUGAAACUAGCUGAAGUUGGAUGGAGAGAACAUCUCGAAAGACAAACGAUUCGCAUGGGAGCAUCGUUCAAGGACUAUCGUGCAGAGACUGGAAGCUGGGUGUUCCGAGUGGAACACUUCAGUAAAUAUGGUUUGGCUGAUGAUGAUGACGAACCGAUGGAAGUCGCCCCUCCACAAGGGCAAAAGGCUGCUCCACUUCAAACUCUCGACAUGAACACCUCUGUAAGAGACGUCAACAAUCAAGUGCAAAGAAAGAAAAUUCAUCUGACACCGGAUGCUGCUCAACAACGAGAGACUGUUCUUGAAAUUGUGCCAGCUCCUGUUCCAUUGGGAGACGUUGUUACCAUUGUCCGCCGCAGAAAUGUUCCUGGACUCGGUGGUGGUGGUGUUGAUAUCGGUCGUGAAGAGAACAACAUUUCAACUAUGGCAAAUGAGUUCGAGGAUGAUGAGUCGUUGACUCUAGAAGAAGGUCAACAGCCAGAGAAGAAGCCGAAACUCGAGUUGCUAAACGAUUUGGAAUACGAGAGUAGUCGAUUCAUUCGUAACAUGCAAGAGCUCAAAGUGAUGCCAAAACCAAAAGAACCAGCACAUCGAUUCAAUGGAGGUGCUCGUGAAACCAAAAUGAUUGGAUAUGGAAAAAGUAAAUUGAUAGAUCUAGCUGUUGUGAAAGGAAGAAAUUCUCGAAUUGGCUGGAGUGAGACUGGAAGUCUUGUUUGGUCUUCCCAGCCGAUUCACAACGAAAUUCUCUUCGGAACGAUUGAUAGAGCGUCUGAUGUUAAUGAGGAUACAUUGAUCUCGAUGCUCGACGUCAAUAUUGAUCAUGCAGAGACCUCCCGAAAAGGACCUUCCUCUCAAUCUUCCGAAGCUACUGUCUCCGCGCUCACUUCCACAUUCGCCACCUACACUGACACCUACUCUCAAAUGUUCAGACAAUACAUUGAUAUUGCUCAAUCCGGUGGAUACGAUGGGCAUGUAUCUGUUUGGAAGCUUCUUCUGGCAUUAUUCCCAGCUGAACGUCAAGAAGGAUGGUCUUUCGAACGAGGAGAGCAGAUUUCGGAGUGGCUCAAGAAUGAGGCUAUUAAGAAUGCUCCAGAAGAGAGAGGUGUUUCUCGUGAUUCCCCAUCGACUGCUGUAUGGAAUCAGAUUUGUGUUGGAGACGUGGAGAAGGCGUUCCAUUUAGCAAUUGACACCAAUCAACCUCAACUGGCCUCAAUUCUUCAAUCCUCUAUUGUCUGCCCGGAGGCCACCAUUCAUUGUUUCAAGGCACAAAUCGAGAACUGGAAGAAGUGUGAUAUCCUUCAUUUGAUUCCAAAAUCAACUCUCAAAUGCUACAUCUUGAUGGCUGGAUUAUCCCAUUAUCAAUGGACUCACGAAGGACAAUCCCAUUCAAUCAACUGUAUGGAGGGUCUCAGCUGGGUUCAAGCUCUCGGUCUUCAUGUAUGGUAUCUCCGCCAAUGGGGUGGACUCGAGGAGGCAUAUGAUGCUUAUCAGAAGGACGUCAACGCCGAACGCGCAGCGUCAAAUCGUGGUGAUCUGUAUGGAGAGCUCAUCAAGUUGGCUUGUGAAUCUCAACACUCUGUGGAAGUCGUUCUUGACUGUGCUGCUGGAGAAAACCCACACGAUCAUUUCCUUCAAUGGCACGUCUGGAGUGUUCUUCAUUCUGUUGGCUUUAGAACAAUGUCGAAAACGGCGGAAACUCGAGUUCAUAGAGGCUACGCUGCACAAUUGGAAGCUUUGAAGCUGAAUAACUAUGCCAUGUUCAUUCUUCAGCAUAUCGAGGACGACGAAGAACGAGCAACGGCAGUUCGUUCUCUUCUGAAUCGCUUUGGCUGCUUUGGCGUCAACUACCCCUUUGAAGGAAUCUCGGGACAGUUCGAUAUUCCACCCGAGUGGAUUGCAGAGGCUCAAUUCUCAAUCGCCAAGGCAGAUAACGAUGCCACCCAGCUCUUCGAAUUGGCUGUUGCUGCCAAAAACUAUAUGGAGAUGCGACGAUUGUUCGUUGAUGAAAUCGCACCAACCGCUGUAGUAGCUGGUGAUCACGAAGCUCUGAAAUCGGCGUGUAUACUGCUUCAUCCUUUCGAAAAUCAGAUUCCGGAAUGGGGAGCGACUGGAAUGGUGUACAUGGACUACUGUCGCCUAGUUGAUUUGAUCGAGAAUGAUGUGGACGAACAACACAUGCAAGAAACACUGGAAAGCCUUGAAACCCGACUUCAUGCGCCUACAUUCAGCAAAAACACUAUUCAAAAACUGUCUCUACAAACAAUCGGACGUCUUCUCUUUGAAUACCGUGCCGACAAGAACACCCUUCCAGAAUGGACAAAACUUCUCGGACAUCGUCAACUAUUCAAAAUUUUCCGCGAUCGUUCCUCGUGGGGCAUCGAGCGCUUCACCAUUGACUUUGAUUAG